AUGGCCGCAGCUCACAGGAACUGGGUGUUCGAUUCACAGUACGAUCUCCUACGGUCCUACUCGGCAGCACCACCAGCACCAAACGUUCCGGCACCACCAGGUCUACAACCGACAGGCCACGGCGACGCGCGCCAAUUACGCUCCGUCAAGGUCCAAGCUUUCGUAUUCAACAAAGCAGGCCAGCUUCUCCUGCUCGCAGAUGACUCCAUCGGCUGGGUUCUUCGUUGGACAGCUCCCUCGACAGUCAUCACCCUCAACGACGAUGAACAUCAACCCAUCUGGAAGUCUGUCCGUUUGAUGAUGAAGCAGGCUAUUCAAGAGGACAUGCUCACGGACCUCCAAUGUCCCGAUCUCGUCAGCGGGUCAAACUACGUAAACGAGCAGUGGAACACCGAGGACGAACACAACCACACGACCUUGCAGAUGAAUGUGAUUUUCACAGUCGGCUCCUACGAAAUGAAAGAGCACAUGGCAAUCAACUGCACCACAAAGAAACCUGCGGCCAUGAAGUGGCUCUUCUUCGAUGAGGCUAGAAAACUCGAGCGCGACGACCUGCCUCUCCCACGCCUGGCCAGAAUAUUCACACAGCUGAGCCGGUACGCCCACUGCCAAAAUCGCAUCCUCGCCACCAUACAAGCCAAAACCGACACGCAGGCUAUCCUCGCUCAUGUAGCAAAUCUCGUGCUGCAGGCUCUUGUCAUCAUGCUCGGAAACCAAGCCGUAUACCAAGGCUACAAAGUCUCCCACGCCCUCUUGCUGGUGAAGAAGGAUGUGAAGAAUUCUCCGCUCUUCGUCGUGGAGGUCCCUAGGGAGAUUCACGAUAAAAUCACACCGCAGCUUCAAGGUCAACGAGUGAGAAGUUGUGUACGGAUUGCUAAUUGGGGAUCUAAAGCUACUGAGUUCUUCGUUAUUGGCAGGACGGUGGAUAAGCAGGGAGAUUUCCGGUUUCAGCCGGGGGUGACGAUGGCCAUGCUCAAGGGUGUGCUUGGUGCUGGUACUAGGCUUAGGAUGGAGUGGACGCCUUGGAAUCGCGAGGUGAGAUUGAUUUGA